CGUGACCGAGAGAGAGAGGGAGAGGGAGGAGGGGGAGAGAGAGAAGAGAGAGGGGAGAGAAAAGGCGUUUCCACGUUUCAGCAGCCGGUUCCAGAGCAGCGGAGAGCGGAGCAGCGGACACAACGGAGGAAUCACGACCCGAAGCCCGCAUUUCUGCUUUCUUCUCCCCAAACUGUGACUGACAGCCCGUGCAGCCCGUGUCCCCUUCACGGCCGCGUUGUUUCCCACGCUGAUGAAACCCGUUCAUCACUGAGCAGAAGUGAACCCACAAGAGACCGACGAGGUGGACUUUUUUUUUUCCUUCUCCUUCUCCCCCUGCGCCGUCUUCUUUCUCCAGAUUCCCACAGAGCUGAUUUCUGUGAGGCUUUUAGAGGAAAUAAUCUCCCCGCAGACCUCCAUCUCUCUCCUCAGUCUGUAGCUGACUCAUUUUGACCGGGACCAUGGCGGAGUACAGCUCUCUGCUCAGCGACCUGUCUGAAAACAUCACCAACGAGGACUUGGAGCAGCUCAAAUCGGCCUGCAAGGAAGACAUCCCCGAGGACCAGAGCAACAACAUCACCUCCUCCAAGGAGUGGUUCAGCUACCUGGAGAAGAACGACAAGCUGGCUCAGGAUAACCUGUCAUACAUCGAGCACAUCUUUGAGAUUUCACGGCGACCGGACCUGCUGACGAGGGUGAUCGAGUACCGUACCACCGUGCUCAAGAUUUCUGAGGAUGACGAGAUCGACACCAAGCUCACACGCAUCCCCUCGGCCAAGAAAUACAAAGACAUCAUCCGCCAGCCCUCUGAAGAUGAGAUCAUCAAAUUGGCCCCGCCCCCUAAAAAAGUGUGAAGUCGCUAUCGCCAGCUCUGAUCUUUGCACCUUGAUUUCUUCACUCCUGGCACUCCAAUCAACCGACCACCCAUUUCUGACCAACCCCGUCACUCCUCCGCCUCACCCCUCUCACACACACUCUCCCCCACCCCCACCGUCAGCCACCGACAAAGCAACCAAUCAGAUCGUAGCGAUGCAGCCUCUUCCCAAGCGGAGGGGACAUGGGAGCUGCAGAAAAAAAAAAAGACAUGACGAGAAGAAAUCUGGAGACGGACCGACAGUUUGUGUGUGAGGGGAGAGAGAGAGCCAAAGUCUACCCUCGAUUCAGAGUGGGUCACUUCAGAAUGAGUGUAAUCUGUGAUACUGUGUUUAUGCAGCCAUCCGUGUGUGUGUGUGCGCAUGUCAGUAAAGGUUGUCCAAUCCACCCAUGAGGAAGCAGAAGUUCUAAACCCUGCCUCCAACACUAAACACCAAAACUAAUUGGCAAAUUUUUAUUUUUCAGAAAUUCUGAAAAAGCUCGUGGAAGCAAUUAGGACGUGUAGACAUGUACAGUGAAACAUAACUAUGACUAACACAAUUCAACCGCAUUUAAAUGUUUCUUAUUUUUCACUUGAGCAUGCAAAAUAUCAAAACUAAUCAUCUGCAAACUAUUAAACUACUGUCUGGACAUAAAAUGAAACUAAAAUAUGUAAAUACAUAUUUUGCAUUAUCAAAACUAUUUUAAAAACUAAGCCGCAGCUGAAGUUAUUACAUAUGUAGUAAAAAGAAAUGAAACUAACUAAAUCUGACACAUUUCCAUGAUUCAUUCCUGUGACAGAGCUUGGUUUAGUGUGUAUCUGCAUAAUUGUCCAGGCGUUCUUGUAAUGUGAAAGGAAUAGUUGUGAUGCCACACUCAUGUCAGAAGGUUAGCGUUAGCAUAAAGACUGGAGACACGAGGGAGAAAAGCUAGCAUGGCUUCUUUUUGGGUUCUGAUUUUUGUACAAGUUACAUGGAUGAGAUCCUGCAGAGUUUCUCUGGUUUCUUCCCACAGCUCAAAAACAUGCAUGGCUGGUUAACUGGGUUUUAAUUUGGCUCUAGGUGUAAGUUUAAGCCUGCACACUUGAGUGUCUUUUUGUGUUAAUCCUUUCAUACGCAGCGUGGGUCAGGAGAUACCCAUUUUCCAUUGGAUUUGAGUCACUUUUGACCUAUGUUGUGCAUCAAAGGAUUACCUGUGAUGGACUGGUGACCUAUUGCCCAGUAUCAGCUGGGUUAGUGUCCAGCCUUGCGACCUUCUACAGGAUAAAACAGGUACAGCUGAUGGAUGUAUGGCUCCUGUAGAGAUGCUGGUAAUUGGAUUUUGUUACCUUUUGGCAGAGUCCGGCUAGCCGUUUUCCUCUGUUUCUAGUCUUUAUGAAUACAUACUGCUGGCUGUAUCUUUGUAUUUAUUGCACAGACGUGAGUGUUAUCACUUUUCUCAUCCAACUCUAGGAAAGAACUUUCCCCAAAUGUCUGUUAUUUCAAAUCUCAGAUAGUUAAUUAUAGCUGCCAGUUUCCUUGAGGUAUUAGAAAGUCAAACUUAAAGGACAGGACAGUCACUGUUCCUCAGCUAGAGGUUCUCGACGACUAUAUCAUGUUUCAAGAGGAGAAACAUUUUAGUGACAGAUACUUAAUGUUGAUUUUCAUAGAAAAAGCCAAUAUUUGCCUUUAGCUCAUAGUCAAAGCAAGAGUUUAGAGAAAAUAUUUAGAUAGGAAAGCUAUAACAGUUAUUUCUAUAUUAUGGAAGCUCUUUGACCAUAGUUUUAUCUGGGGGACCAGUUAGUGUGGAGGUCUUUUGUAUGAGCUGGUUAGAGAUGUAAAUAUACAAAUAAUAUAUAUUACAAAAAACUAUAGUUGAAAUAAUAUAUUGAGAUUAUGCUCCAUUGACCUUACUCUGCGAGUGCAAAUUUUCCCCAUAAUUUCGUCAAAUCUGAAACUUGUCAGUGUCUCUCUGUGAACAAAUUGGCGUAAAAAUUAAACUCUGAACUAGAGAAUACUAAAAAGUAUAUUUUCAAAGAAUAUGUUGGAUCUCAUAUGUUCUGUGUGAAGCUGUUGUGUAAAAGAUGACUGCUAAAUUUUAAAAAACUUUUUUAAAUUAUUCCCCUGUUGCCAUUUCAUUUAUUGCACAGAAAAUAACUGACCAUUGUGUGUUUGUCUUUGAAUGAAGGACACGUAAAUGUCUCUAGGGGAAAACAAAUGCAGAUCAAAGUGCCAGAUGGGAAAUGACGUCAGAAAGAAAAAAAGAUAAGACAUCCUUUAAUAAACUGUACAUAAAGUAGAUUGUGACAAUGAUCUCUAAUGCACAUGACGGCUCAUAACCUGCUGACUAUGCCAUUCCCGCCAUGCACCAACACAAUAGCUAGCAAGACUGUUGAAACUAAACUAUAAUAAUUGCUCUUUUGAACACUGUGUAUCUUAAUUCCCCGCGACGAAGCCUUAGCAGACUUAGUGUUUACCCCGAAAUUUUUUCAGAACUGUGAGAGAUUGUGUGUGAAGCGGAGACGGGCGCCGCCACACACGCCGAGUCAAUCAAAACGCCUCUCACUUUUCAAGAGAGUGAUGCUACUUUUACUCAGAAAUUUGCUAAGGACUUCAGUGUUGGUGUGUACAGAAUGUCUGUGGUCCGUUUCCCACCUGUCUUUGUUGUCUUCAAAGCUGUAGGUUCAAAACAAUGAGGCAACCGCAUAAAAAUCUAUCAGUGUAUGACUAGUUAUCUAACCCAGCCCUGCUCCAUCCCUCACCACCACGCUCCACUCCGACCCCAGUGCCAAUGAGCAAGACUUUCAUUUCGAUCACAGCUUUUGUGGUCUGUUUUUUUUUCUUUUGUAUUGCUCGACGUAUAUCGUAGUGUUGGACUGAUUUGUAUCCUAUGCAUUUAUGUCUGUAGGAAAACUCUGCACUGUAACAUAUCCUCCCAACAAACCGCUUAAUCUAAAGAAAUCAGCUCUUUUAUUGUGACAAGUCAGGGUGUUUGACAAGAUCCUUGUGUUCUUGUGUCGACUUUGCAUGUGCUGGACGGAGCGGCACUUGAUAAGAGGAACUGGAAGUGUGCCACUUCAGGAAAGAAUAAAAGUGCUUGUUAUCCAGUGUUAAUUGUUUGAAACUGGGGAAAAACUUUUAGACCAACUAUACUGUACAACUUGUUCUGCUCUUCUGCAAACAAAGUCUUAACAUUAAAUAGUCCUUUAAUGCCUGCGAUUGUAUGUGGAGGUCUGCAAACACUGGACAUCUUUGCAUAAAGCAUCCAAUCAAUGAAGGCCAGAUCAAGCUUUUUAUAGUGCUGUUAAAGGAACAGUCCACUCUUAAAUACUUUAACACUGUUUUUCUUUAUAUAUUAAACUUGAAGUACAUUUUGCAUGUCGGGUUUGAACCAACCACAGCUCACCACCAGUUGGUACUUAACAGAAAUAUGUCAAAAUGUACAGGAUUGACUGACAGGAAAAUGGGCACACAUGUUCAUGGUCACCAGGAGAGGACUCCUGAUAUUAUUGGUGAUCCCCUGACUUUUAGCCUUUUGAGUAAAGUAUCUUGGAUGGAUUGAAAUGAAAUUAGAGCUUUGCGGCUCACUCAGGAUGAACUGAAAUAACUUCAGGGACUCCUCUGACUUUUCAUCUUGUGCCAACAUCUGAUCCCGUGCUUUUUUGCUCCUGUUGUUCCACAAUAUUUACCAGUUUUUUGCCCUUAGAACUAAGACGAAGGGCUUCUUUUAAACGCUUUGUUUAUGUAGUGUUGCAGUAAAUUUACAAGAAGCUGAUUCCUAAAGAGUCUCAGAAAGUAGACGUAAACUGGGCAAGACACCAUCACUCUGACUUGUAAAUCUGGUUUCUGUGGGGGUCUGCAAACUUCAGGCUCAGCAAAAACUAGAAAUAUCUCGUUAUACGCACUGGUCUUCACAUACAACAGUGUCAAAGUAUUUCUGGGAGGAUUUUUCCCUCGGUGUCCAGAUGCAUCCACGCUUGGCCAAACCCCAAGUGAAGCGGUGACUGCCCUCCUAAAGCUUCAGCCUAAUGAACAAAAAGUGGGACCACUGCAUCCAUCACAGAGCUGAACAAGAGCUUUUUGUCAGGCAAAGGGAGGUAGUUGUACUUACUGCUAUGACCUGAGGGUAACGGUCUUUCCCACUGUUAAAAGGGAUGCGAUUAUUGGCCAUAAAUGUUGGAUUGCCACCCACCGAUUCCCACGAAGAGCUUUUGUAAUCUUUCAAACCAAAACCCAGGCUUUUCUUUGCAGAUCUUCGCACGCGUUUCCACUAUUGUACAAAAUAUUAGCGAGGGAGGAUUAGGGCCAUGCGAUUUAAUUUCAAUUUUUCUUUGAAGUGUAUUUUGAAUAGCUACUUGUGAAUUUAGAUGUAUGUGACCGAGUGACUUUUUUUUUUUUUUUGCUCUCUUUCAGAAUUUUAAGACUCACAUUAGCAAUGGUGUGGUAGUUUAUUAGUAGUUUGAAAGUAAGUAGUUUAACAAAAAUCCAACUGCCUGAUGUUUUAGAUGCUUCAGUUAAAACAAUCAAUUAGGGCGUUCACUGUCGGCAUUAUAAUCUGGCUGUGCUUUGCCCUUUCUCCAAUUUUUGUUUUUCCUGUUUCUGCUUAUUCGUCUACUUCCACGUGGCACAGCUCCUUGGCAGAUUAUGUUUGGCUCGGCUUAGCUUUUUCCUCUGUAGCCAUUGGCACAUAAUAUAUCAACAUAUCAGUCACAAAUGAUGUCAAAUUUGGAUUUCCAUGUACCAAGUACAUAUCAACUUAGUAAAUGCUGCAAAAGUGUAAGCCUACUAAAAUGCAUCCGUAUUUAUGGUGAAUACAUAAUUCUAACCAAUACAUGAGUAUCAGUGAAGUAGGUAGUGAAGAGGCAGACAUCGUGUGAAGGUAUUCAACAUGUAAUAUGAAUUAAAGUCAAUUAAAUUCACUCAACAAAUAACAUUUUCCCUUAAGGAUGAGACUGUGUUUUUUUUCAUUUUAUUAGGUUGUAAAUAUGUAUUUUGAAUAUGUAUCACUGUGUUUGUUUUUAAAUUGAUUAAUUUAUUUAAUGCCUAUAUAUUGUUGUUUCUACGCAUCCUGAUUUCGUUCUACUAACUGGAAACAAAUCAAGGGGAUGAAAACAUUGUGCUUAGUUGAGAAGACCAUGCGUCGACACUUUUCUAAUUCACGUUAUUCUCUUCAUUUAUUGUUUUGCUGUUUCAGCUUUGGUUGAUGGUUUUUACAAAAAAAAGCAACAAAAAAAGUGAUAUUCAUUUAAUUGUAUUUACUGAUAUGUAACAUUAUGUUUUACUGUGUCGUAUUUGAUCAGAUGUGUCGUGGUCACUGCUUGUAAAACGAUUUUAUUCAGAGAGUUUCCAAAUCAUGACAAAAGAUACGAAGCAGUCACAAAUCAUAAUCUGCCAUUUUGUUCGUAAGAGACGUGUUGUCACUUGCAUGUUGCACCAAGAGCGGGAAAUGUAAAGAGGAUCAAGUGUUGGGUAGGUGCAUGUACAAAUUUAAGAAAUGUUGAUGCCGAAUUCAUGGAAGCCAGUCUGAUGACAACAGUAAUGGAACAAACAAAACAGACUUCAGUUUCACCUGAAGAUUUUUUUUCAACCAGAAUGUCCAUUUUCUAAUUAUACUGAUAGAAAAACUAGUUUGUGUGGAAAAACGGGCAACUGACAACAGUCAUUGGAACAAUGGAGCGCUAAAGUGUUCGAUAUUAAAUAAAUAAAUUAGGAAUUAUUAAAUGUAAUUCUCAUGUGAAUAAAUAGGCUAAAAUAAUAGUUUGAGAAAUGUUGUUUGACAAAGAUCAUUUAGCCAUCAAAUUUAACCAGUUAGCUCAUGUUUGCUGGAGCAAAAACAAUGUAGAAGUGGCUGUUCUAAAUAAAAGGAGAACAUGGACUCAGAACUAACCUUUAAUGCAGCCUGACAAGGUUCCACAGCAACCUGUCUGUCCAGCUGUAGAGCUCACAGCAGUGUGUGGUCGGUUAACCAAGAUGUAGCUAACACUGCUAAAUAACGUGUACUUAGUAAGCUAAGCAGGUAGCGUGAGCAGCCUUGGUUAGCUAAAUAAGAGAAGUGGUUAGUUACUGUGCCUGUGACGGUGUUUAUUUACAGCUUCUAGUCAGUUCAGUCACAAUUAUUUUGGUUUUUGCUUGAGUUAAAAAAAAACAGCAAACCAGAUAAAUCCUAUAGCAGUUAUUGGUGACAGACAACUUGAUUAGCUUAUUAGCUAAUUUGUGUCACAUGGCUGUUGGUGGAAGCGGAGUCACUAAAGGAGGGCAGACUUUUGUUUGUUGCGGAAUCAGAUUUUUAAUUAGUUUUUUUUCUGGCAUUUUUGAAAAAAAAAAUAAUGGAUGUUGACGACAAUUAGUUUUAGGCUUAGAUUUGGUUGAGUUUUAUUUAAGGGCUGUUGGAAAGUUGAAAAUCUGAUUUAUUUGUUCUACUGCUCUGAUAAAUGAUGUAAUUUUGGCAUUUUUUGAAGACAAACAUGCCUGUUGUUCAGAGGGUUAAAGGCUAUUUUAAAGUAAACAUCCCUCUAAUGAAACCCCAAAAACUUGAAUAGGAAUCAAGAAAUGACAUCAUAUAAUAAGGCUGACUUUGUAGUUAUUACUUUACAGUUUAUUGGUGCAUGUUUUAUAUAUUUUACGCAAUGUUUUAUUGUUUUUAUCUGACAGUGUACUGUUUAUCUAUUCAAUAUUUAACACUUGAGGCUCCAUACUUUUAGUUGCUACUUUUGUGCUUGAAGUUAGUGAAUGGCUAAAGGGUUUAUGGGUGAAGUGAUGGAGUGAGAAGGUAAAUAAACGAGUGCUGGUUAGAGUAGUGAGGAAUAGUUUUGAGAUUUGUAGCUGUUAGUUGUUUUUAAGUAAGAGGUGCGAGCAAAGCAAAGUGUGUUGGUUCAUACUUUGGUGUGUGAAGACGUCCACUUCUAGUUUCAGUUCAUCAUAUUGAAUGUGUCGGGACGUGCGCGAGAAUGCUGUACAAUGUUGAGAUGCAUUUCUUAUAAGGUGUGUCGCAGUCAGAAAUGCUGAAUGUUCGGUCAGUUGCAUCACGUAAAGUUGUGUAGCAACGCUUUUUCUUUUCCAGCUUUUAAGCACCACAGGAAGACUGCGAGUUGAGAAUUCCUCAAGCUUUUUAACCACCCGUACUUCCACUUCUCUCACGCUGCACAGCAAAAGUAGUUUAUUCUUUACAUUGUGACGGAAGAAGUUUACAUUUCAUGCACAUAAAAGCAAGCUUUCACAACGCAGCUAAACGUGCCAACUUGACUGAGUUGCGAGCUGCUGGGGUGAACGAACUUGAAAUCAUGACAUGCUUGACAUUUAGCGAUUUCUCCUGAUGUUUGUGGUGAACAAUCUUGAUUUGACAUGGUCACUUUUAUGUCUGCGGCUAGAUCAGAGGUUCUCUGACGGGUGCGUGUGUGUUUAGCAGAUUUCAAGGGUUAUUUUGAAGUGAUGUUUUCUCAUUGCUAAUCUGAUCAUUGUAACUGGAGUGGUGUGAUCUGUGGCUGUAGGUAGAGGUUUGAUAUAAGGCUAUAAAAACAUUCCUGUGGUGUGGUUUUGUGGGCAUCUAACAACUGGAUUUAGAAUGGAAGGAUUUGUAGGUUAGAGGUGGUUUUUGCAGAGGCGUGAACAGUCUAAUCAUGUGUCAGUAUUCUACAAAUUUUAGUACGAGUGAUGGUGGAUACAUCUGUGGUUGAAACAUUAACCUUCAAGUAGCAGACAGUUUUGCCGAAAUGCAUUUGUGGGGCUUUGAGUUGAAGUUUUCAGCUGCUAACUUGACUAUUGACAGUUUUGUUCCAUUAGUACAGAUGUGAAGCCUUCAGAGCAACUUGGAAGAGAACUAUAAAUGUAAACCUUUUAAUUUAUGUAACGUUGCUGAGUUGAAGCCACUGAGAGUCGCCCUGUGUGUCACUGCCUCGACAGCCAGUCAGUGGGAUGUUAUUUCUCGUAAUCUGCUCGUCUGUUAUGUCGUAAAGUGCAUAGUUCUCCAGUGGUGUAGCAAGUGGCAGGUGUGGUUCAUUCAUGGAGUCAAUCGAGCCCAUCGUGUCAGACGAGACUUAACGCUCUUAAAAAAAUGUGGUCACGUAGGUUAGAUGUGCACGCAGUUGAAUUCGAUUUGAGGAAGCGAUCCAGUUCUGUCCCGGUGACACUGCUCAACAAUGCAGCGAGGCGUGCCGGUACAUCCAUGAUGUUUUUGCAUUCAGCUCACACCCUGUUGGACGCCAUGGGCUCAACGCUGUUAGAAACUUUUGCUAAAGGUUUUCCUCUCAUGGGGCAAGAAGUACUUAAGGAUUUAUUUUGCAAUGACUGCACCAAAAUAUGAUACGAUAGUACUCAAACAAAUAGAACGGUGUGGCUUUUUGUCAUGAUUUAAAUGAGACUGAACUGAAAUUAUGCCAGUUUGUCAUUGUGCUAAAAUGAAUAUAAAUAUUAUAUAUUAAAAUAUAUUUGCUAACCAA